CCCACACUUCCAGAAUCCAGCGUUGGGAUUGGAUGUUGGCUGCCUGUCAGGAAGAAAGAGAUGCUAUGCUGAGGCCGAAAACUCAGACAGAACCAGGACACGGACGAUGUUGGAAUAUCUUAACUGGGGGAUUUUAAAGUGUGUUGGGAACUCGGAGCGAUUUGAAAGUUGCUGAGCUUGAGCGGAGCAGCGACACCGGGUCUCCGUGUUCCCGCUGCGGACCGUCGCGGCUGUUCGCCUCUUGCCUGCUGCUCUCACAAACGCGAAGCCGGCGCUGUUUUAAUGAGACUGGAACUGCCGUGUUUUCGACGCAGCACAGACCGGUGUGAGAUUAAGUCUUUAUUUAGCCCGAAGCAAACGGAAAGGCUCAGAUGUCGUCGCUGGUAGCCGGGGCUAAUAGCCGAGGCUGCUGGGCCACAUAAAUAUCCCGAGAAAAUCCCAACCUGAUGGAGCGAGUGAGCGACGGAGCACGGGCUUAUUUUGCGCCAGAAGGACCGUUAUGACUGAGCUGCAGGCUCAGUUCUCUUUUUGAAAAGCGCCACGGGGUUCAGUGCUGGGUAUUGAUUUGAUCGAGGGCUCAUAAAAGCAGUAUUUGGAGGUUCUCUGCAUCAGUGCUAUGACUCAGCCUGGACAGCAGCUCUUACCUACAUAGAGGUCACUUUACCUCUCUUUCUAUCUGCUUUGGUCCAGAGGAUGCUGGGAAUGUGUCGCGGGCGCCGGAAGUUCCUGGUGGCCUCCCUCGCCCUGCUCUUCAUCCCAGCACUUACGUGGCUUUACCUGUCAGUCGGGAGCUUUCAAGUGAAGCCCCUCCCUCUUUCUCCAUUGGAAGCCCUGUCAUCCACCCCGGUGGGCGGAGCCGGUGAACGACAGGCCUUAGAGUUGCGGGUUCGGGUGGUGGAGGAAGAGAACCGGGCGCUGCGCCGAGAACUUAGCCGUCCACCUAGGAGCCCAUCUGCACAGCUUCCGAGCAAUAAUCACCGUGGCAACCAAAGCCGAACACAUUCAGAGGAAGGCACAGGUGACAAUGAGAGCCAGAAAGCUGUUACAGUGGGUAAUAGCUCAGACUGUGUCCGACACCCAGUGGUGGAUAAGUGCGAGACCAUCCAUGUGGCCAUUGUAUGUGCAGGUUACAACGCAAGUCGAGAUGUGGUGACGCUGGUUAAAUCUGUCCUCUUCCACAGGCGGAAUCCCCUUCAUUUCCAUUUCAUCACAGACUCCAUUGCUCAGCAGAUCCUGUCCUCCUUGUUUCAUACAUGGAUGGUUCCUGCCGUCAGGGUGGACUUCUAUGACGCAGAUGAGCUGAAGUCCGAAGUCUCAUGGAUUCCUAACAAACAUUACUCUGGGAUUUAUGGGCUAAUGAAACUGGUACUGACAAAGACCCUGCCAUCAGAUCUACAGAGAGUCAUCGUUCUAGACACAGACAUCACCUUUGCCACUGACAUUGCUGAACUCUGGGCCGUCUUCCACAAGUUCAAAGGCCAGCAAGUUCUAGGUCUGGUAGAGAACCAGAGUGACUGGUAUCUGGGGAACCUGUGGAAGAACCAUCGACCCUGGCCAGCACUGGGCAGAGGCUUUAACACUGGUGAGUACCUUUUACUGCUGGAUCGAGAGCUUUCACUACAAAUGGACAACCUAAAUAUGUGGGGGUUUUUGUGUGGGGAUAUCAUAUCUUAUAUGAUUUUGUGUCUGCAGGAUAUCUUUAACGCAGUGAUCAAACAAAACCCGUUCCUGGUUCAUCAGCUGCCUUGCUUCUGGAACGUCCAGCUGUCUGACCACACCCGUUCCGAAAAGUGCUACAAAGAUGUGUCCGACCUAAAGGUGAUCCACUGGAACUCUCCAAAGAAGUUGCGAGUAAAGAACAAGCAUGUGGAAUUCUUCCGGAAUCUCUAUCUUACCUUUCUGGAGUACGAUGGCAACCUUCUGCGACGAGAGCUGUUCGGCUGUCCCAGUGAGGCUGACCACAACAGUGAGAAUCUCCAGAAGACACUGUCAGAGCUGGAUGAAGAUGAUCCGUGCUACGAGUUUCGUCGAGAGCGAUUCACUGUCCAUCGAACACACCUCUACUUCCUGCACUAUGAGUAUAAACCCAGCUCUGACAACACAGAUGUCACUCUCGUCGCCCAGCUCUCUAUGGACAGGCUCCAGAUGUUGGAGGCCAUUUGUAAGCACUGGGAAGGCCCCAUCAGCCUCGCCCUGUACUUGUCAGAUGCUGAAGCCCAGCAGUUCCUUCGCUAUGCUCAGGGCUCUGAGGUGCUGAUGAGUCGUGGGAAUGUCGGUUACCACAUUGUCUACAAGGAGGGUCAGUUCUACCCAGUCAACUUGCUACGAAAUGUGGCCAUGCGACACGUCAACACACCCUACAUGUUCCUAUCAGACAUUGACUUCUUGCCUAUGUACAGCCUCUAUGAGUAUCUCAGGAAGUCUGUGGUGCAGCUGGACAUGGCCAACACCAAGAAAGCUCUAGUGGUUCCCGCCUUUGAGACACUUCGGUAUCGACUGUCAUACCCGAAAUCUAAAGCCGAGCUGCUGUCUCAGCUGGACAUGGGCACACUCUUCACCUUCAGAUAUCAUGUGUGGACUAAAGGCCAUGCACCAACUAACUUUGCCAAAUGGCGGACAGCCACCACUCCCUACAGAGUGCAGUGGGAGGCUGACUUUGAGCCCUAUGUUAUGGUGAGGAGGGACAGUCCUGAGUAUGACCGCCGCUUUGUGGGCUUUGGCUGGAACAAGGUGGCUCACAUUAUGGAGCUGGAUGCACAGGAGUAUGAAUUUGUGGUUCUGCCCAAUGCUUUCAUGAUCCAUAUGCCUCAUGCACCCAGCUUUGACAUCACCAAGUUCCGCUCCAAUAAGCAGUACCGGGUCUGCCUGAAGACCCUGAAGGAGGAGUUCCAACAGAACAUGUCGCGGCGGUACGGUUUUGCCGCCCUUAAGUACAUGACGGCUGAAAACAACAGCUAGCCACCACUGCGGACCCUCAUAGCCCCAACUCUGAACUACUGACAUGCUCCACAGGCUGCACGAGGGGAGCAUAGUGUGAACGGAAGCCUGUGUGGGUCCUGGGGAUACUUUGAGACUUGAGUCCCUCAGAACAUUGGACACUGAGUGUGACACUGCAGGGGCUCUUUUGUUCCAACUUUGUCAUCAGUUGUGGAUAAAGGAGAAAAUGUGUGAAGUGUUUCCUUCUCCCAGGAUGUUAAAGCUAUGAAUGAUCGCACAAGGGACUGCUGGGGCUGGGCCCCAGGUGUGUGGGCCUCAAGCUUCAGUUAUGGAAUAUGAUAGACAGCAAACAAAAAUAUUGCCUUGCCAUAUUUCUAAGACCAAUGACAGUGUUAUGGCUAUGUGUAACAUUAUGUGUGUGUGGGUGUGUGUUUGUAUGUGUA